GCCAGCGUGAAGUUGAGUUGUAGCGUUAGCUAGCUGUUAGCGUAUGUGCUAGCAAGCUAGCCUAAAUAUAAUUAACACACGAUAGCACACGCUAGAAAGCAUAUAAACAUUUAGCUAAGUAGCUAAAGUCACUCAUUUGUCAUCUUGCACCACUGGGACUAAGGCUACGGAGCGGAUAAAUACGUUUGUGUUAAGGUUGCCAAGGUACAGUACUGCAAGAGUACUUUCACCUUCACACUUAAGGCAUAAAGGACACAACUUGAACGUCUCCUCAAGGCUGAAACCCGAGGAGCAAGAUGUCGAUCACAAACACUCCCACAAGUAACGAUGCCUGUUUGAGCAUUGUGCACAGCCUGAUGUGCCACCGACAGGGAGGGGAGAGUGAAAGCUUUGCUAAGCGAGCGAUUGAGAGUCUCGUCAAGAAGCUUAAGGAGAAGAAAGAUGAGCUCGACUCCCUCAUCACAGCCAUCACUACAAAUGGGGCUCACCCGAGCAAGUGUGUAACCAUACAGAGAACUUUGGAUGGACGCCUACAGGUUGCAGGGCGCAAAGGUUUCCCCCACGUUGUCUAUGCCCGACUGUGGCGAUGGCCUGACCUACACAAGAAUGAGUUAAAACAUGUCAAAUAUUGCCAGUAUGCCUUUGACUUGAAAUGUGACAAUGUUUGCGUCAACCCAUACCACUACGAGAGGGUCGUGUCUCCAGGCAUUGACUUAUCAGGGCUGACCCUUUCAAGUUCAGUUCCACUCCUGGUGAAGAAUGAGUAUGACUAUGACUAUGACAACCAGCAAUGUCACCCAAGCUCUGAAAGCCACCUGCAGAUCAUCCAGCACCCCUCGUCAAGGCCCAGUCCACAGGAGAGCUUCAUCAACCCCACUCUGCUCCCCCCAUCAGACGGCAGCAUUUCAGCCUCAACCUCUGCUUUCGGUGCUGGACCCUCAAAUCCUAACCCCAGUUGGAGCAGAAACAGCAGCUUUACCUCUGCAGUACCACAACAUCAAAAUGGGCAUCUUCAGCAUCAUCCCCCCAUGCCUCACACGGGGCAUUAUUGGCCUGUUACCAACGACAUUGCGUUCCAGCCCCCCAUAUCCAAUCACCCUGCUCCAGAAUACUGGUGCUCCAUUGCGUACUUCGAGAUGGAUGUCCAGGUCGGGGAGACCUUUAAGGUGCUGUCCACGUGUCCGACAGUGACUGUGGACGGCUACGUCGAUCCGUCAGGAGGGGACCGCUUCUGCUUGGGCCAGCUGAGCAAUGUCCACAGGACAGAGAACAUAGAGAGAGCCAGGCUCCACAUUGGCAAAGGCAUGCAGCUGGAGUGCAAAGGCGAAGGAGAUGUCUGGGUGCGCUGUUUGAGUGAUCACGCAGUGUUUGUGCAGAGCUAUUACCUGGAUCGAGAGGCUGGACGUGCCCCUGGAGAUGCAGUUCACAAGAUCUACCCCAGUGCUUACAUCAAGGUGUUUGAUCUGCGUCAGUGCCACAGGCAGAUGCAGCAGCAGGCAGCGACCGCUCAGGCAGCCGUGUCAGCCCAGGCGGCAGCGGUGGCCGGUAACAUUCCCGGCCCUGGCUCUGUGGGAGGCAUCGCCCCGGCCAUCAGUCUGUCUGCCGCUGCAGGCAUUGGGGUUGAUGACCUGCGCAGGCUGUGCAUCCUGCGGAUGAGCUUCGUGAAAGGCUGGGGGCCCGACUACCCACGACAAAGCAUCAAAGAGACGCCCUGCUGGAUUGAGAUCCAUUUACACCGAGCUCUACAGCUACUGGAUGAAGUUCUGCACACCAUGCCCAUAGCUGACCCUCAACCCCUCGACUGAGCAAAGAGACAUGGAAAAAAAAAGAAACCAAUCAGACUGUACUUUUUAACAAACCACUCCACCUGUAGGCCUGGGGGGCUGAAGGAGGACUGCAACGACAGGGACGCUGAGUAGGUUGCAGAAGUAUGAACAAAGAUUUAAAGGAUGGCGGUAUACUGCUAAUACACUGCUUUCAAUUCAAGCGCUACAAGCAGUUGCUAGUAUAUGGAAUGAGACUCCAGAUCUGUAAGUGAACACGUGAGGUACGCUGGUAGCAGUGGUAGUACUCUAACAACAUGCUGCCAAGAGAAUGAAAAACGUGUCCACAGCGACAUUAAAAGAUGCAAAAAGCCUAUCAAUUAUUAAAUUAGUCAUGGUGCAAUACAAAAGAAAUGCAUAACUACAAGAGAGUGUAGAGUGUCGAUCAUAAAAUGAUUCAUACUCAGCCGCUGGCUUUUUUUUUUUUUUUUCAUGAACGAUUCAACAUUUUAAGAUUUUAACACCUAUAGAGCCCGUUAACUAACGGACAAAGGUUCUUUUUUAAACUAUUUAGUAAGAGGGCAAAGUGUUUUGGCUUAAAACCAGUAAAGCCGAGCACAAUGUGACGCUGUGUUUUGGAUGAAAACAUGUCUGAACAUGCUUGAUGUCAUUUCAGCUGGAGUUCACUGCUGAUCUCUCUGGUGCCUGUGUGGCUUCAUGUAAGUGGAGUUUGUCACCUCACAAAUCAGGACGAUUCUGUAAAAUCACGUUAUUCGUUACUUAUGUUUUUGUAAGAUGUAAUCUUAAAUAUCCUUCUAUGCCGAUAGUCCUUGUUUGAUGUUUUUUCUUUUAUAUUCCCGCUUCUGAAUAGUUGUUUUUACUGAUGUAAAGAGCAUUUUAAAAGCCCAUUUUAGCUGACCUCAGCUUCUCCUUCAACACCAUAAAGCUUCUGUUAUUCUACCAGCAGUUGAGGCUGUUAUGAUAUUGAGAAUUGACUUUUUUUAAAUGCCAAAUUUACUUAGAAAUUAUUCAAUAAUUUCAAAUGAAAAGGUUAUUAGAACACAUUGUAAAAUGAUUUAUAAUUGUUCUUUUUAUAUUAAUUGCCCGCAUAGUGUCCAUUAGCACUUUAUUAAUUUGUAAAGAAGUAUUUUUUUCUUGUUUCAUAGACUCAUGCAUGCUUACUUGUUGUACCUAUAUCAUGUUUUUCACAUAGUUGAAAAGGUUUUCUUGCUAAUGACCUAUUAGCUUCAAAAUGUCUGCCUAAAAUCUCUAUUUUCAGUAUCAAACACUCACCCACAGACGGGGUAAAAGGUGCAUUUAGCUCAAUUCUGGCAGAAUGACGACGAUUUGGAACAAAUCGAGGUGUGGCGCAAGAAUGGUUCAUGAAAUUGUAAAUGUUGUCUGUGACACUACCGUUAAACAACCACCUUUCUAACCGAACAUCACUUUAAGAUUGCUCACUGCCACGUUUUGUAUUUAUUAUUUGGAUGACACUUACCGUAAUGUUUUCUAGACAACAGCUGAGUUACGGUAAAGGAGUUGAACUGUGAGAGGAAGCGUAAGCCAUAUCGACACCAAAUAUACCCAGUGAAAAGUUUAUCAGACUGCAGUCGUUUCAUUGUAAUGUUGCUUCUAAAAGCUUGGUUUUAUUUAUCAACAGAAUGAUUUCAGUUUUUGCUGAGCAUAAAUCAAUAUUGUGGUAUUUGGAGCUCUGUUUACCGACAGCUGUUGCAGUAUUUUGUAUCUAUAUCUCUUUUGCUACCUUUACAGUGAUGAAACACAAAAAGAAUGCUGUACAAUUAUCAGGAAAUGCAAGUUCAUGCUCAUCUUAAUCUUUACAAUUGAGUUUGAAUGAUAUUGUUUAUAUGUACGAGUAUGGCUGAAUAAAGUUCAAUGGGCUAACACUAUU